AUGGAGGACCAGGACCCCCAUGGGAUGGCUGCGCAGCAAGCUGCUGCGAAGGAGUAUCAGCCGGAUCUACCGAAUUAUCUGGUAGGCGACAGGAUGCCCAGUAGCGCCAUCACGGAAGAAUACGCCAAAGCAGACGCGACGCCCUUCCCGGACAAUAUUCGCACUACAGACCUGUUCAAGGCGAUGGCAACUGCGGUUGGCGAGGCAAGUCUUGGUUCUGCUGCGACAAUUGGCUUUGCCUAUUUUGAGAAGCUCGUCGAGGCAGGUGUUGCGCAAAUCGAGAGCGAAUGCAACCGUUUAAUAGGCAUGAACUCUAUGCUCACGGAUAUUGGCGGCUAUGCUUUUGAACUUUACGAAGAUUGGGCCGACGACUUCAUCAGCUGUCUCCGCGAGGUGGGCAGCCAUGCAGGCACACCCAUGGCACACGCUCUCCUAUUCCAGAAAUGGAAUGACGGUCCUACUACAGCUGGAUACAUUUACUACAUGCGGUUGCUCGCCGCGACGUACUUGAAGGCCAACGCCGAUACGUACGACCCUUUCAUCGCCGACAAUGGAGGAAUUCACGGCUACUGCCAGCACUCGAUAGAGAUGGUCAACCGCGAGAUCGAGCAUCUUGGGAUCACUGCGCUUGUCAACGUCUUGCUGAAGCCGGUGAACAUGGUGUUGGAGAUCGCCUACCUGGAUCGAAGCCCAGGAAACCAAGUGAACAAGUACAGGCUGCCUGAGGAGGCCAACAGUCUAAGCGAGGCGUCGCUCGGGCCCAUCAUCUACCUGCUCUACCGCCCCGACCAUUACGAUAUCCUUUAUCGCGAACCGCAACCCUUGUCGAUCCAGGUGCAUCGGGUCAAUAGCGUCAGCGACAAUGCGGGAAUCGCUUCGAUACACGAGGAUCCCAACGCGUUUGGCGCGAUGGAUCUGACUUCACUGGCAAUGAUACCCGGCUUCACGGAGAAUAUGCCGAUCAGACCGAGCAAUGUCGAUCAGCAGGGGAAAUUGCUACGGCACGAUCCUUGGGUGCAGUCAUUUGCCAUGCCGGUCUCGACGCCUACGCCUCCCAUGGUCGCACCCCCCUCAAACCCAUCACUGUCGCCGCACAGUGCAAUGGGACCCAGCCAACCGCCGCCUCCGCCAUCCGAGGUGUCCUCUGGCAUGAUGACUACUGCGCCCGAGUGUACCAUCCGCUUCAGUGCACUCCAGUAUCAAUACGAUGGCGGGAACAGCGGCCCGGUCGAGCCGUUCCAGGUCACCACGAGUACAUUCAAGAAUAGCGUCUGGAAUCGGGCGCAUUUUGGGAACCCAGAUUUCCAUCCGGAAGAAUGGAGUCCAGAAGAUGAGAACAUAGAUGGUCGUCUUGGUGUGGCCAAGAGGCGAGGCUCCAAGCGCGAUUGA